AUGGAGGAAUCUUCCGCCGCUAUUCAUGAAGACGAUGAUACAAGCAAAAGAGGCACCAAUGUGUCUCGUCAGCAGAAGAGGGUGACAUUCAAGGAUGUGGAGGAAGUCAAAGACGUUACAGCCGAACUAGAGCCAAUAGUUCGCACAAUGCUGUUUCUUUUGCCGAAGAAGGAACAAAAGGUCGCCUUUGCAGCGUGCAUGAGAGCUCUUUCCACGGCCACAAACCCCAAAACCUGUUUGCUUCAUCUAUUCAAAGUCUUCGAAGUUGAGGAGAAUCCUGUUCUCAUCAAAGCCGUUGACGAUUUCGUUGAACUAAAAGACAAACAUGAUGUUUUCGCGGCAGCCCUCGCUAAAAUACUAGACGACUCCGAAGCUUUAAUUGCGAGUUUGGAAGAUCAAGGAAUGGAAACCUCGUGCCUUGGCUCACUCGGGUAUUCACAGUUUUCGGGUGUCUCGAACGAACCGGAUGGGCAGAGCAAUGCAUCCAGCGGUGUUUCAGAAUUGACGCAAGAGAGUGGAAAUGACACGAAUGCCAACCAAACGGCUGUCAUACCCGCAGUCAACGAUCGCGACAAUACGUCCAGCGCAGAGGAUGACAGCGUUACGACGCUGCUCCAAGGCAUGGAUAUUCCCCACCACGAGCAACCCGGAAGCGGUGAGGCCGCCGCGGAUUUGGGAGUUGAUACGUCGGUGCCACCGCAAGCUGAGUAA